AUGAUGAUGAAACUCUUGGCCAUGGCCAGUGCCCUCGCUCUGGCUGCUGGAAACACAUGCUACGAGGAGGCUCCAUUUGACUGCCCCGAGGAUACUUAUUGUACCAGUUGGAAUGAUGGGUGCAACGAGUGUGGGUGUGGAUCCCCUGAUGGUGCUGCCUUUUGCUCCAUGAUGAUGUGCCCUUGUUACAAUGACAACAGUUGUGUUCCUACGUGCAAUGACAAUGAUCAGUGUGUUCCUAAAGCUACCGCCGUUGCUGAAGAAACCCCCGCUGUGGACAGCAAAGAAGGAGAAGCUGGAAAUACAUGCUACGAGGAGGCUCCCUUUGAUUGCCCCGAGGAUACCUAUUGCACCAGUUGGUCCGAUGGGUGCAACGAGUGUGGGUGUGGGUCUCCUGAUGGGGCUGCCUUUUGCACUUUGAUGACAUGCCCUUGUUAUGAU